AUGGCUCCCACAUGGCAAAGAUUGAAUUUACAACAGACAAGCUCACCCCCGCUUCUUUUCCAAUACACAUGGACUCGCCAAGGUUACGCGCUCUGCGUCACUGAUCUCACCUCUAUUUGGACGGAACGGCUGUCGCAUCAAGAGAUCCUGGCGCGAGCGGAACAGAUCGACACCACCAUCGAUCCGAGUGAAGAUCAGGAACAGUUCAAUGUGUUUUUAGUGAAGGUUGGAGAGGGUCUACGUGGUGAUGGAGGCAGCGCAACCCUGAACAGUGGAGCGCAAGCCGAUUCGCUCGUCCUCCGCACAAGUUCUAAACUACCCACUCCAAUGCGGCCUUUGAAAUGGACUCUUUAUCUGUCAAAAGAGAUAUCGGCGUCUUUGACCGAUCGAUUGCUCCUUCCGCUACUGAGGGAUGAGGCGGGCUGGGAAUCCCGACAGCGAGUUCUGUUGGACCAGCUCAAACAGAAAGACUGGGUUCUCGGGAAGCUGUUCGACAAGUUUGAGGCUUUGGGUGCUGAUCUGGGCACUGUAUUCCCCGGUGCUGUUGGGAUGCGCUCUAUCAAAAAGGGUAGUACAAGAUUGGAGGCCGCAAAAUUCAUCAAAGGCCUUGCACCGUUUGACGAAGCGGCAUGGCUCUGUGAGUCUGGAAAUACUUCUGAAAGCUCCGGUCUAGCUGCAAAUAUCCUGAACGAGCUUGCGAGAUCUGGUAGCUGCGAUGUUGAAAAGCUUCGCGCACCGCAAGAAAAGUGGUGGAAUGAUCUGCAAAAGACCGAAACCCCUCAAUCUGAGGUAACUACGCCGCCGAAAAAGGAAUCCGCAUCUUCCAACGAUGAUCCUGUCAGGGCUUCUCAGAAAGACCAAGACCUGGAUCUGGACGAGGAUGGUGCUUCAACCGCCAGUGAAGAUGAAUUUCAACGACAAGAGACCCCUCUCCGACUCAAAGCACAGAAGGAAAAACCGACCUCUUCACCCCAUAAAUCAAAGGAGCAAGAAUCCUCAAAGGCAGUGCCAGAAAUAGACGCAGGUGAAGCUACAGCAUCGGACUCGGAGCCCGAGACUACCUCAGCACCUCUGGAACCCACACCUACGCCUCAAAACCCUGGUCUGCCGAACCCCGAGAUCAAAGAUCCGCCCAAGAAAGCGAAAGUCAAAGGUAGUUUGGGUGUGAUCGGAGGCAAGAAGAAGAAAGAAGAAAAGCAACCAUCACCGUUACCAGCCCCUCCCUCUCCCUCUCCACCUGCAUCAUCGCGCAAAGCCAGAGCCGGUAGGCUUGGAACGAUAGGCGGGAAAAAAACUACAAACAAAGCACCUGAAGUCCCAAAACCUGCUCCAGCUCCCAAGCAAAAGCAGGAAAAAUGCGACGAAUCUCCCGAUCUGCAUAGUCCUACGGAGGUAGUACCAACCCCGGGACCGAAAGAGGAGCCAUCUCGAAGUCAACCUAGUCGAGAAGAAAAGAGUGCCAAUGCUUCGGAGGAGAGUGAGGAGCAGAGAACUAUUCGGAAACGAGAGGAGUUGAAACGACAACUUGAGGAGAAGAGUAAAGCCCCGAAGAAGAAGCGGAGGUUCUAA